AUGAACCAAUAUCAGGAAACCGUCACCCAACUCAACAAUCUUUCUUUGAAGGGCGCUAGGAAGAAAAAGACCAGCCAUGUGCAUCACCAGCUUGUCCCAGACUACAUCAGAGACGACCAUGUGGACCCUGGGUUUGACCCUAAUGCGGCUGCAAUGAGCCCUGGCAUGCAGGCUCCUCACUACUACGGCCAAUCCGCAGAGCCCGGAGCGCCACCUGCCACGGCACCCCAGGAGGUGGCCGUGCCAACCCAGCAGUACCCUCAGACCGGCCAAUACCAGCCGCAAAGGCCCGACGUCGCACUGGACCCAGCAGCCACGGACGAUCUCUCAAUCCCCAGCAUCAGAUACCAGCUAGACUACACUUACAAAGACUCUGAUUUUUUGACUUUCGAAAACGUUUCGCCUCCGCUCGCAGGAACACAGUACACUGCCGUCGACCAGGGCAACGCGUCUCCCAAAUUUGCGAGAAUGACGCUCUACAGUGUUCCUAGCUCCGAGAAACUGAGACAACAAACUAAGAUCCCGCUUGGCCUGGUUCUCACGCCCUUUGCACAGGUAGCGCCCGGCGAGAAGCCCGUUCCGCAGGUCGACUUCCGCGAGAUUUCCUCGGUUCCUCGGUGCAGACGGUGCAGAGCUUACAUCAACCCGGCCAUGCAGCACGGCGGAUACAAUAUGGUCUGCAACAUCUGUACGUUUUCAAGCCCAGUCCCACAAGAAUACGUCAGCCAGGUCGACGCGAACGGCGUCAGGUCAGAUUACUACGUGCGCCCCGAGCUGCACUCCGGCGUUUACGACCUGAUUGUGCCCAAAGACUAUAACUUCGACGAAAAAGACUCUCAUCCGCUCCACCACGUGUUCCUUGUCGACCUCAGCUACGAGGCUGUUCGAACCAAACUCCAUGUGGCAGCCUGCUCUGCCAUCAGAAUGGCGCUGUACCACAACGGCGAGUCCAACCUGCCAAAGGGCUCCAAGGUCUCGAUAGUCGGAUUCGCCAAUAAACUGUUUUUCUACAACCUGAGUCCGAAUUUGGAGCAGACCACAGUAUCGGUGGUCGGUGACCUGGACGACCCAUUUGCGCCGUUCCACGACGGCAUUCUCGCCGACCCAAUGGACUCCCACGCCAUCAUCGAGGCCACUUUGAGCACCAUCGAACAGCUGACCGACUACCCUGGUCCAGAGCCAGCGUACGGCGCUGCACUAUUGGCUGCCAAAACCAUCCUCCAGGAAGUCGACGGCGGCCAGGUGAUCACAUUUCUCUCGGGCCUUCCCUCGUGGGGACCAGGCUCGCUUGCAGUCAAGCUGCCUGCGCAAAAAACGACCGCCGACUACGAUAAAGAGGUGAUCACUGCAGGUAGCAAAUUUUAUCAGGACCUGCUGAAAGAGUACGUGAAGUUCAACAUCGGCCUGCAUCUCCUGAACGGCGCGCACACGCCGAUAGACCUUGCGAACGCAGGACUCAUUCCUAUGAGGACCGGGGGCUCUGUCAAGACCUGGCACAACUUCAAUCUCGACCGCGACGAGGCAGACCUCAUGUACACCGUCAAGCAUCUGGUGACCGGCACAUGUGGGUACCAGGGUCAGCUAAAGGUGCGCUGCUCAAACGGACUACAGGUGAACAAAUACUACGGUGGAUUCCACACCUCAGGACAGCCAGAGGUGCCGUAUCUGCCUAUAUGCAAUAGCCAGACUAGCAUUGCGUGCGAUUUCGUCUACGAUGGAAAGCUAGACACCAAAAAAGACUCACAUUUCCAGGCUGCCCUGCUCUACACAUCUGCAGACGGUCUGAGGAAAGUGCGUGUCAUCAACUGCAUCAUGUCGGUGACGGAACGCGUAGCCGACGUUUUCUCGUUCUCGGACCAAGACGCCGUGCUGAACCUUGUGCUCAGAGAGAGCCUGAGCAGACUGCCGAAUAUCAGCUUUGCCGCGCUGCGCAGCUACCUGAACAUCCAGCUGGCUGACAUCAACGCAAUGUACAAACUGUACGUUGCCAAGAACAAUUCAUCUCCAGGACAGCUGGUUUUGCCUCACGGACUGCGCACGUUCCCGAUGUUUGUGCUUUCUGCGCUGAAAACCAAAGCUUUGAGAGAACGCACGGGCAACCCUGAUCUGCGUGUCGAGAGCCUGUUUGACCUGGCUAAUAGCACGCCUGAAAAACUGUCCGUCUACCUCUAUCCGGUGAUGAUCAGUCUGCACGACUUAGACGACUCCGAAUGUCUAUUUGACGAGCAAACAGGGUUUUUCUCCACUCCAAAGACCAUUGGAUUGAGCCAGGCCAACCUCGAGAUGGGCGGAGCGUAUCUGGUGUUCAACGGCAAGUCGCUUUUCCUCUGGUUCCACACCGACGUGAAUCCUCUUUUGCUACAAGAUCUCUUUGGAGAGCAUGUCACUUCGCUGAGCCAGCUGGACCCUCUUGCCUCGCAAUUGCCUGUUCUGGAUACCCAUAUCUCGUUGCAAGUGCGCAACCUGGUGAAGUUCCUGGGCAAGCACUAUCUGAAUGUGGACUUCUUCCCUAUUCAGAUCUGUCGCUUCAAAACAGACGCAAACGAGGCCGAGUUUUUGGAGCUUCUCUAUGAGGACCGGUCGGGGGAUCUGGUGUGGUCGUAUUCUGAUUUCCUGAAGCAUCUCCACAAACAGAUCACGGGCAAAGUCGAAACGAGCUCUUCGGCUCCGGCGAUUGAUAAAAAGGAUACCGUUUCGCUGGGCAGUAGAUUCGGUAUUUUCUGA